UGCGCAUCCAUUGCAUCGAUGAUUAUAAUGCGCCAGCGGAGCGUUUGUUUGAAAGGGAAAUUGUCUUUUUAGCCUGGUUUUGAAACCAUGGACCAAAAGAUCCCAUAUGAUGACUACCAACUACCUGUGGUCUUUUUACCUUCUUAUGAGAGUCCCCCAGCAUGGAUGGCCCCUCAGGAGCGGAUCCACCAUCCUGACUACAACAAUGAGCUGACCCAGUUCCUGCCACGCACCAUUGUGUUGAAGAAACCUCCAGGGGCACAGCUAGGCUUCAACAUCCGUGGGGGAAAGGCCUCCCAGCUGGGCAUCUUCAUCUCCAAGGUGGUCCCAGAUUCGGACGCUCACAGGGCAGGGCUCCAGGAGGGAGAUCAGGUGCUGUCUGUCAAUGAGGCGGACUUCCAGGACAUAGAGCACUCGAGGGCUGUAGAGAUUCUGAAGACUGCCAGGGAGAUUCUGAUGAGGUUGCGCUUCUUUCCCUACAACUACCAGAGACAGAAGGAGAGGACUGUGCACUAGGUGACAGAAAGGUUCCACGGGAGAGUGAGAAACAGUAUGGUUACAUGCACACAAUAAUAUGAUUAUUGUGGAUAGUAAGGUUAAUAUUCAUUUAAAACGUUUACAUGCUUUGCAAGAAUAACAAUGUCCCAAAUAAUCCUGUUUACAUGAACACAUCUGAAAUCAGGCUACCUAUUGGGACUUUUGAGAAAUAAAGAAAAUCGGCAAUCAAAAUAAAACCUACCACAGUGACCAUGUUAUUUUUGUGAAGACUAUUUGAUUUGGAGUUCGGAUAUAUAACGUUUGUGUACGUCAAAACUAUUUCUAAAAUGAAUACUUUCAGUUUCUCCGAACUCACUUCACUCGCGCAUAAGAGGGGGACUUGCGCUUCCGGUGCUGGCACAUGCACAGAUCAAAUACACUGUUUCCAUGUCAUAAUAAUUAGAAAGCUUACUCAGAAAACCAGGUGUUUUAUUAUUAUUAUAAUAAUUUGUUUAUGUAUACAGUACCAGUCAAAAGUUUGGAAGCACCUACUCAU